CUCUUCAGUGGGCAGCGUCGUCGUCGCCGCCGCCGUCGAUCCACCUGGGUCCCGCCAUGGAGGGGCUGCCGGGUGGCCUGAGCCUCGCCGGGCUCCUGUCGUUGCUGCUCGUCGCCGGCGUCAUGAAAGAGGCCAGCACACAAGUGUUGUGUGGAGUGCCUGCCAUGGGACGGAUCGUGGGCGGUUCUGAUGCUCGAAGCGGACAGUGGCCAUGGCAGGCCAACCUGAACUUCAAUGGUAAUCAUGCCUGUGGGGCAACGCUCAUUGCCCCCCAGUGGUUGGUUACAGCUGCACAUUGCUUCCCCAAGGUGAAUCUGAUCGAUAUGUAUGAAGUGACACUGGGGUCCUUCCAGCUGAAAAACCCCUCACCAGACAUCCAAGUGACGCUAGUAGAAGAGGUGAUUAAGCAUCCUGACUUCAAUGAAGAUGCAGGCUCUCAAGGGGACAUUGCCCUGGUGAAACUCAAAACCCCCAUUACAUAUUCUCGGACUGUCCGGCCGAUCUGCCUGCCUGCCUCUUCGGUCACCUUCCCACAGGGCAUGACCUGCACCGUCACCGGCUGGGGGAAUGUUCUUGCAGCUACGAGUCUUCCCUCACCUAUGACACUUCAACAACUCGAAGUGCCCAUCAUUGGUCUAGACACCUGCAAGUGCCUGUACAGAAGGAACCCAGAUCCUGAGGAGCCCCACACCCUCCACAAUGACAUGAUGUGUGCUGGCUUUGCGGAAGGCAAGAAGGAUGCCUGUCAGGGUGAUUCCGGAGGCCCCCUUUCCUGUCUUGUUGACAAGGCCUGGUUCCUUGCUGGCGUGGUGAGCUGGGGAGACAACUGUGGGGCCGCCAAUAGACCGGGCGUCUACAUCCGCCUUCCUGUCUACACCGACUGGAUUAAGGGGAAAGUCCCAGAAGUACAGCUUCAACAAGUGACAGUUCCUCCAAGGCCCAUCCCCGAAGAGGCCUUGUGCUCCAAUUCUACAGGAGGGGGAGGCCCCUAUGACGACCUCCAGCCCUCACCAGGCUGGAACCGGCCCCUUACCCCGGACAAGAGCCGUCCCAACGGUUCCCCUUCCAGACCCUGCAUGGUUGGUCUACCACUUCUCCUCCUCCUCCUCUUCCAGAGCUGGCUGUGGUAAUUUUCUACUCCCACCCCAAGUUGCGCAGGGAGUGUGGUUGUCUUCCUGUUUUUUUGUUUUUUUUUAUCCUCCUGGGGAUGGUCUCACUAUUUCAUUGCCUGCUGUGUGCUUCCAGCUUUCUCUCUGCACGCUUGGGGUGCGGAGAAGAACGCAGCGGGAUUCCAUUAGGAAGCGGUACUCUUCCUCCGAAGCCCAGACAAGACUCCUGAGGUGGUCAUCGCGCGUGCCUCUUGUCCAUCCACCUGCGGUCUUGGGUCUCGCAUGUGGCUUUUUAAA